UGGGAGAGAGAGAGAGAGAGAGAGAGAGAUGACGGGAGUGGUGAUGGUCACGAAGAGAGUUAGUUGCAGAGGAGAGCGUGGUGGUGGUGUUGGUGGAGGUACGAAGAGAACAAAGUCAGCUGAAGAGCAGCAAAACCAGCUCUCCCUAGUAACAUUACUCGUAGCAGCUCUGAGGAGAUCUAUGGUCUCUUGCCGUAUCGAUCGCCACGAAGAUCCCGUCUCCAACACUACCAUCCAUCAAAUGGAGAUUGGAUGGCCCACUAAUGUCCGCCACAUCACCCAUGUUACCUUCGACCGCUUCAAUGGCUUCCUCGGUCUCCCCAUUGAGUUCCAACUCCAAAUCCCUUUCCGGGUCCCCAGCGCCAGUGCUAGUGCAUUUGGCAUCUCUCCAGAAUCCAUGCAGUGCUCUUAUGAUUCCAAAGGGAAUAGUGUGCCCUCCAUUCUCUUGCUAAUGCAGGAGAGGUUAUACUCACAAGGAGGUCUAAAGGCAGAAGGGAUAUUCAGGUUAAACCCAGAGAACAGCCAAGAGGAGCAUGUUAGGGACCAGCUAAACAGGGGUAUUGUUCCAGAAGACAUUGAUAUCCACUGUUUGGCAGGGCUAAUCAAGGCCUGGUUCCGAGAGCUCCCAGCAGGAGUUCUGGAUGGCCUUUCCCCAGAACAAGUCCUUCAGUGCAACACAGAGGAGGAGUGUGUUGAGUUGGUGAAACAGCUCAUGCCAACUCAGGCUGCACUACUAGACUGGGCAAUUGAUCUUAUGGUUGAUGUUGUCGAAGAAGAGGAAUCCAACAAAAUGAAUGCUAGAAACAUUGCGAUGGUCUUUGCACCAAAUAUGACUCAGAUGUCUGAUCCAUUGACAGCUCUUAUGCAUAGUGUUCAAGUUAUGAACUUGCUCAAGACCUUAAUCAUAAAAACACUAAGGGAACGUGAAGAGACUGCAACAGUAGGAUACUCGCCCUUCUCAUCUCAUUCAUCUGAGCAGCAUACUGUCGAGGACUAUGACAGUCAACAAGAGAUGGAUACAAGCUGUGAAUUGAGGGGACCAACUUCAGAUUAUGAUACUUAUGCCAGUUAUAGUUGCAGUAGUGAAGAUGAAGGCGAAGAUGAAGAUGGAGAUAAUUCAUUAAAUGAGAUUGAGGAGUGCUCCUUGAGACAAUUGGAUGGGUACGAAGCAUCCACACACGAUGGUCCAGAGGAAGCUGAAGGAAAUCUGGGAAUGGAGCACCUCAGUCAUAGUGGCUGUUCUGGCUUCAACUCAGAGUCAGCUUAUUCAUCAUUCAACAGUAAAAAUGGGAGUUCAGGAUUGAGUACAAGUGAUGUAGAGGAUUCUGGGAUAAAUGCGAAUUCUGCAGGAGGGUUAGAUAGUACAAAGGCCAUUUCAAAAUGUUGUCAAGAGACCCAAGACAGCAGAGCCUUGGAAACAUUAGUUAAGCUGAUGGAGUCCUCAUGUUCUAUUUCCUUGCCAAUAAUUGUGUCCGGUGAAUCUGGGUGACUGAACCUUUGUGUCUGAUUGAGUAUAGUGUUUUUUUUUUUUUGUGGUUCCUCAGCUGUUGCUGCAUCAAACAUUGAUUGAGUGGUUUGUGUGGAGGAUUUGUGUGGGCAGACCUGGUUCAGCUCUGGGCUGAUUUUGUGCUUCUUUCUGUAUCUCCCUCAGUACAACAGGAUUUGUGAUUUAGCCAUGUAAUUUAACAAUGGUUGAGUGGUCUGUCUGUGGUUCAGUUUUUGGCUGAACAUCUGCUUGUGUUGUCUGUUUCAAUUGUGGGAGGGCCAAAAAUGGUUUGCUUGAGACC